ACGAUGAGAUACGACUAUUAUUAUUGCAGCAGAGGUUGUUAUUUUGGAUUCUCCUUUCUGACAAAGAACUCUACGAGACACUGUCAUUUAGGAUUAUUUCCAGACUUAUAUCCAUGGAUCUUUUCAAUGCGUGAGCGGUACUGCACGCUUUACGAUGACUUUUUCCUUCAACCAACCUUUUCAGCCAAGAACAUAAGUCUCUUGCUCGUUGCUGUUCGAGUUCUCCUUUGCCCCUUGUUGCACCUCCGAUUUCUCAUAGACCGUAAGUAGCGAGAAAGCAGUCCAGAAGUUUUGCAAUGUCUCGGAAUAGCCCGCAGUUAUCUCGUACGAGAAAAUCCCUCUCACGUUCAAUAUCGACAGAAGCAGAGAUUGGUGCUGCAUGUGACAAGUCCACUUGAUUCAACAGCUGGCGUAGAGUCAUAGCUGUCAGGACUCUGCACUCCAAGCUAGGGUUAUGUCAAUGAUGUGUCCUUGAAUCUCCCAGCGAUUGCCUACGACCACUGCAUUCAAGCUCGACAGUAAGGAAGCCGUGCCGUUAAACAGACAUCCGCUCCAUACUACAAACCCUUCUUUGCUUAACAAUGUUUGGCAUCCAUCGAUAUUCCUAUCUAUCUUCCAUUACCGAUUUCAUAUCAUAGUACUCUAUGACGGAACUCGGAGAUACGAGUGUUGUUUCGCUCGGUUGCGUUCCCCGCAGGAGCUUCGGCAUUUGAUCUAUAUAAAGAUUCCCUACAGUCUCGAUACCUCUGAGUCCAAUAAUGAUAUGGAUGGAUUCGAACAAGUGAACAAUAAGAGCGAAUAGUACAUAUUUCAUCUCCACCCUCGGGUAACCUGCCGUUCUUGCCUCGGGCUUUACCCCGUGAUUCGCUUUAACUUCCCCGGACAUGUUCAACUUCUCGAGUCGUCAGGGUUCUUUUUGCGGGGUUGCACCUACAAGGCUACAACUCAUAACUCAUAAAUAACGGUGGACUUACCGUCUGUUCCUUUCCCUCUCAACAUAUCUGUUGUUCUCCCAGAAUACUUCCAGCAUUGUUAAUUGAAUAGCAUACCCGUCAUGUCGGUCACCCAUCCUGUCAAGGGCAAGACUGCCAUAAUCACCGGAGCUGGUUCAGGAAUCAAUCUUGCGUUUGCAACAUUGCUUCUGGAAAAUGACUGUAAUGUGGUGAUCGCGGAUCUCGGCCUUCGUCCUGAAGCGCAGGCAGUAGUCAACAAGUUCAAUGGCCACUCGGGAUCUGCUAGAGCUAUCUUCCAGAAGACCGACGUGACAGACUGGACACAGCUGGAAGAGCUGUUUGCGGUUACCGAGAGAGAGUUUACGGAGAUUGAUAUUGUCUGCCCCGGUGCAGGAGUCUAUGAAGAGCACUGGAGCAAUUUCUGGCGACCUCCCGGCAGUCCAGAAAGUCGCGAUGACCCACGAGGAGGACGAUAUCGUCUGGUGGAUAUCAACCUAACUCAUCCGAUCCGAGUGACUCAACUUGCAAUCUCACAUUUUCUACAACACCGGAAGUCCAACAGCAGCCGCAAACACAUUGUCCACAUCUCAAGCAUAGCUGGACAGAGUCCGUCAACAGCAGCACCGAUAUAUGUAGCAACUAAGCAUGCAAUCAGCGGUCUAGUCCGAUCUCUAGCCAAGUUGGAUGAGAAAUUCGGUAUUCGUGUUACAGCCGUGGCACCUGGAUUAAUCAAGACACCCCUCUGGAUGGAACAUCCUGAGAAGCUCAAGAUGUUCAAGGAAGGUCAAGAUGUAUGGGUUACGGCGGAAGAAGUUGGCGAAGUUAUGCUGGCCCUGGUGCAACAGGAGGAAGUAAGUGAAAUCAUCGGUGACAAGGGUAGACAAGGAACAUUGUUUCCAGUCAAAGGAGGCACGGUUCUGGAGGUCUCCAAGACUGUUCGAGAAGUACAUCCAUUCAAUGAUCCUGGUCCUUCUAAUCGUGCUGGAAAUACCAUCGCGAAUGUGGAGGCUGUUGAGAAUGAAAUAUAUGAUUUGCUAUCCACGGAUGGAUGGGGGAAGUCCAGGCUAUAGCUAUCAGCGAUAUAUAUUAUGCAUGAAGCACAAUUGCAUGAUUCC